CUCCACUAUGAACUGCUGUGAAAUGUUGCUAGCUUUGUAUGCUUAAACCAGCUGACUGCUUUACCUAGCUCAUGGUGUGGCCAAUGGAAGCUGUAAUUUGCGGGUUAUGGCCUAUUUCCUCUCUCCUUUAGCACUAUCAGAUUCACCUAGAAGGUGAAUCAGGGCUCGUGGAGCCCAGUGCCUGGGGGGCAGGGCACAUGCUCCUGUUUGUUUGGAGAUGCUGCAGCCUGCAACUUUCAGAGCACUUUCUGGCUUCACAACUUAAUGCUUUGUUUUUAAGUUGGCAGACUAAAAUCACAUUAAAAUACCAAUGUUCAUAGAACGAAAUUGAACCUCUGCAAUCCAAAACCAAUCUGCAGAGAAAAACAUAUAUUUAAUAUUGAAAAUUUUUCACAGUAAAACCUAUGGUGUGCAUUGUUGACAUGAUGAGAAGAACACAGAACCUUCCCACUUGCAGGUUAGAUGAACCAAAACUGAAGGUGGCUAUUUGUAAAAUCUAUGUAAAAAGAUGAGAAGUGAUGGCCUCAAGUUGCGCCAGGGGAGAUUCAGGUUGAAUAUUAGGAAAGAUUUCUUCUCAGAAAGAGUGUAGAAGCAGUGGCACAGGCUGCCCAGGGAUGUGGUGAAGUCCUUGGAGGUAUUUGAGAAAUAUAUAGAUGUGGCACUGAGGGACAUAGUGGGCAUGGUGGGGAUGGACUUGAUAAUCCUAGAAGUUCUUUCCAACCUUAAUGAUUCUGUGAUUCUAUGAGAGGAAAGGUCUGUUUGCAGAUGUUCAUGUCAUGUCUUCAGUGUAUUACAGUAGAGCAGAUAAGCUAUUGCCUGGAGUCAUAGAUCCUUCCUUAUCUGUCUCCUCUGUGCCUUACCUCACAAGUAAUUGUAGGUCAUUGCUGCAGGCAUUGCCUGUUUUGAUACUCUUCCCUUCCACACUCAAUGCAUGUUUUCUGUACUUCUUAAAGGAGAAAGUAUCCCUUCAGUAUCCAUUCCUAAAGCUGAGAAGUCAGAAUUCUCUCCCUUUCAGAUAUUCCGAGGGAUCCAAGCAUGCACGAAGAGCCAGCCGAGUGGAGAGCCCCAAGCCUUAGCUGAAUGCCCUGCUCCAUGUUCGUGCUGCCAAAGCUUACAUGGUUACCCUUUCCCUACUGCACCUCCUGUGGAUCCAUUUGCAAAAAUCAGAGUGGAUGACUGUGGAAAAACGAAGGGAUGCUUCAGGUACGGCAAACCAGGCUGUAAUGCAGAGACCUGUGACUACUUCCUAAGUUAUCGUAGAAUAGGAGCUGAUGUUGAAUUUGAGUUGAGUGCUGAUACCGAUGGCUGGGUAGCAGUGGGAUUUUCCUCAGACAAGAAAAUGGGAGGAGAUGAUGUCAUGGCUUGUGUUCAUGAUGAUAAUGGAAGAGUCCGAAUACAGCACUUUUACAACGUUGGUCAGUGGGCUAAAGAAAUCCAGAGAAAUCCUGCUAGAGAUGAAGAGGGGGUUUUUGAAAACAAUCGUGUAACUUGUCGAUUCAAGCGUCCUGUAUACGUUCCCCGAGAGGAAACUAUUGUAGAUCUGCACUUGAAUUGGUACUAUCUGUUUGCCUGGGGUCCAGCAAUUCAGGGUUCUAUAACUCGUCACGAUAUAGACUCACCACCUGUAUCAGAGCGUGUGGUCAGUAUUUACAAGUAUGAAGAUAUUUUCAUGCCAUCAGCUGCCUAUCAGACCUUCUCUUCUCCAUUCUGUUUGCUCCUCAUUGUUGCACUGACCUUCUAUUUAUUGAUGGGAACCCCUUGAACUCUGGAAAGUAACGAGAAUUUGCCAGUGAAAGUUUCUCAGGAUGGUUGGAUAUAUGAUGGAUGAUGCAUAUUUCUAUUGGAAUUUGUAUCUCACCACCAUUGUCAUCUAGCUGCUUUUGAACAUAGUUAGCUUCUCAGAAGAAUGAAAUCACCAUCUUUUGAGUGGCUGAGUGGUGACAAAUCAUUUAAGAAUAAUGAAUGAACAAAUAGGAGACGAUAUUCAGUGUUGUGACUACUUGCUUAACAAAGACUUUUGUAAAAUAAGUGCGUGUGUGUGUGUGUGUGUGUGUGUAGGUGUGUUUGGGAGGUGUGUCUGUAUGUGUGGUUAGGAGAGUUUCGUGAUGCACAUCUUAUCAAAUAACAAAAAAAUGCCUUCCAGAUCGCUUCUAGAAAGCAAAUUUGGGAAAAUAUUAUAAUGCCGUUUGGUACUUCUGGUGCAGAGAAAGUCCAAGUGUGGUUUCUGAACUUAGGAUCAGGAUGCUGACACUGCAGUAAAAAAGCUCCCCUUCCAUAAUGGAUAGUAGGAUGUUUUUUUCUAAUUAAUAUUGAUCAAGGUUUAUUUGCUCUGAUACUUUCAAAAACUAGCCUUGCAUAAUCAAGCAUGAACAGGAUUUUUUUAAUGGAAAGAAAUGAUCAAUGUCUUUAUAACAAUAGUGCUUCAGCAACCUUCUUGAAAGAAAUACCUGCUUGUUUUGUGUGAGAUAUCUGCUUGUGUGAGAUAUUACAUUAUGUAAACAAAGGGAAAGGAGAAUGCAGUCAUUUGAAUUCUCCAUACAUAGGAAAAGCAAGUGUAAGCCACAGAGAACACUGAAGUUUCUAACAAGCCAUAGCACAUCCUCCCAAUCAAUGAAGAUUUUUUUUUAAUUUAAAAGUAGUAAUGUUGCUGAUGUGUAAAUAUGUUUUUAAAUAGUUGUGCAGUAGUACCAAGAAAUCUGUUUUUCUGUGUUGUAUUCUUGUAUAUCCUGUUCAUGUUAAAGGUGAAUAUGGGCAGCAGAUAUUUGCUUACAAAGAAAUGGAAAUAUAACUGAGAUUAUUUGUAAGGAGAGAUAGGAAUUAAUAAAAAGAUCAGCAUGUUUUGUUUCAUCAAAUCAUUGCUGAAACGUAGCUACAGUGGAAAAGAUGGGUUAAAGAGGAAAUGCACUUCAAUUUUUUAUCACCGAUAAAUUAUACAAAGAUGAAUGCUAAAUAUUAUCAAACUGUAAAGUGUCAAAAUAUAUUUGAGCCAUAGAAUGUUCUGAAAACUGAAUUUGUGUAGAGAAUUUCUGUCAUUCACGUGACAUGUAUAGGUGUAGCAUUUGAGUGUGUUUGGGUACAGCUGCACAUUUGUUUCCCAACGUGCAUUAUUGCACCAAAUUUCUCUCUAAUGUGAUGCACUUAAGAACUCUGUAAUGUAGGAUCUGCUAAAAUAUGUGAUAGACAUUCUUUGUAUUUUCAUUCCUGUAUAGUGUCAAAAAAAGUAACAAGCUUUGUUGGAUUUGCAUCAUUCUUCAUGGAAUGAAGUUAAUAGUUUUUUUUUACGCUCUACAUUCUUGAAAGCAAUUCUUCAAGUAUGUGAAACAGGCUUGAAAAAGAAUAGCAAACUCCUUUAUUGCCAUUUUUAGAGAAAGAUUUCUCAGAGACAUGUAACAUUUGCAUUGAUGUCUUUAAGGAUAUGUUUGCUUAAAAUUGCUGGACUAAGGUUGAAUAGGGGUGAAAAUAAUGCAAAUUGAAGUGAACUCUGAAGGUGCAUAUAGUAGCUUCUUUUGUGUAAAUUACCUUCCACAAGUUGAACAGCCAACUCACUAUCUGAUAAAAUAUGUAGUGGAAGCCACCUGAUAAGGAAGGUCAGCUUUGGACAUUCAUGAUUGUAAAACAGAGGUCUAAGAUUAGCAGAAACAGAGAGCUGAAGUCUUGGAUAAUGAGUUUUAUAGUAAGCAGCCAGGUGAAGUGAGGAAGUUAUUAGGGCUAAUUCCUUCUCUCCUGUGUUAAAGCAUAGGCAGUUUAGGGAGCUGAGAUACCACAGCCCCUUUUCUGAAAUUACAGCUACUCAAAGUAGCCUCAGGGCUACUUUAGUUUAUGGCCUUAUUUACUGCAUUUCUCUGAUUACCCACUAAAAGGCUAAUCUAAUAACUGAAGCAUACUGAAGUGUGAUAGAAACCCAUUUGGGCUUCUGUAAUACAGUGCUGCACUUAGGGAUAGCCUGGUUAAACCUAGGCAGAGACAUAUGUUAAAUAUGGCAGUACUAAUACCAAGGUAAAUGUACAACACAGGUGUUGCUGCUUUGCGCUGUAAAGCACGCUGCAGGGAGUCAGAGCUGUGUAAAGGUUGAAAGUUCAGGCUCUAAAGCAAUAGUGAGGUCAGAGCUGAAGCACAGCCACUUAUGGGAAUGCCCAGUGCAAAGCAUAAACUGCUUCAGGCCACAGAUGUACCCAUGUUCUAAAUUAGGGUGGAAACACAGUUCCUUCCCCCCCCCCAGAUUACUUUUAAGCAUUGUCUGGUGUUUUUGUUGUUGUAUUUUUCUCUUUUUGAAAUAUUAGCAGAGAUAUGCACUUCUAAAUGACCUUGAUCCUUGAGCUUCAAAAUACUUAAUUAGCACUAAUUAAGCAUUUCUGAUUAACUGGGAGGAAAUAAAAGUCCACAACAAGCAGCCAAGCAAUCUAUUAUUUGGCAUUUACAUUUAUGGCUGAGCUAUUAUUACUCCCUGGUAAACUGUUCUAAGAUUUUGUAUACUGCUUCACAGGUAUUAGAAAAGCAACUGUGCAUUCUGUAAGUGUUCAGCAGAAUGUUUAAGGAGAACUGAAUGCUGAAAAUAAUGACGAUAAAUUAGAAUCAGGAGGUAGGAUAAGUGGUGGGGUUUUUUUUGUUUUUUUGUUUUUUUGUUUUCUUCAUAGAAGAAAGUUUGUUGUAUUGUGGCACUUUGUCUGGGAGUUGUAGGAAAAGCAGGACUGUGAGCUUUCCAAAUUCAGGAACACAAAGAAGGUACAAGCACUUGGAUGUGGGUAGUUGGGAGUAAAUACGAGAACAAAAAGGCUAUGAGAGAAAUGAAAAGGCUUUAAUUCAUUGGUGCUUAGCUUAAUAUGAUAACUAAUAAUUAUUAACAUUUAAGUGAACAUGGCAAGUAUUUUGUUUUUCAUAUUUUCUUUCCUAAUGCUUAAAAGUAGGAUUGAUCCCUGCUGUACAGUUACUACAAAGUAGCUCUCUUCAAAGCAAUUGAAAAUUGGAUCAUUUUUAGAUUCUUUAUGGUGACUACCAAUAAGCAGCUAUUAAAUAACACAUUUCCAAAGCACUUUAAUUUUGAGAGUGAGAAUAACUUGCUGCAGGGUAACGUAACACAGAAGCAGAGGCUUUAGAAAGGUUUACAGUACAGUGGUCUUUGGAAAUUUGAUUUGGUUGCUAAUAACAAAGAUAAUUAAUUAGAAAGACAAGACAGGAAAGGACCAUAAGGCAUUAAUUAGCAAUCUUGAAUAUAUUCUUUCCAUGCAGAACCAUAUUCAGCUCUGACCAUAGCUUGUUACGUUAACCUAACACCUUCUGCUCACGCAGUCUGUCUUAUCUAUAACUUUGUAUACUUAAAGUUCAUAAGCUAUUUGAAGGAGCAGUCAGCUUCUUUAUGAUGGUGCCUAUCACAAAGGGACCUUGUGUUUUGACUGUAGUGUGUGACAGGUACUCCACUACAAAUACCAAGUUUGGCCUGAAAUAAUUUAGGCAUAAUUUAAUUUAACCAUAAUUUAGGCACAGGAGAAAGAAACAGAGAAUAAAGACCUCUAUAAAGUUUGCUUUCCUUCAAUGGAAUCAAAUAACUUUAUGGAUAAUUGAGACACUUCUAGAUGCUACUUAUUUUUUCCCAAAUAAAAGCUUAACCGAUUUUAGAAUGUCGUUGGGUACGGGAUGAUGCUUUCAUCUACAGUUAUAAAGCGAAUUAUUCUGUUUCUGGAAGAUAAUGUUUUAAAUAGAUAUUUUGAAACCCCUCUGAGGCUCCCUUGUCUUUAUUGAUGGACACUGCAAUAUUUGGGUAGCAGGAAAAUAAGUACUUGCAGCUACCCUAAUCGAACUCCCCAAAUCGGUUAAAAGUUCUGAAAGUUUUUUUUGGCACUGACUUAUGCAGUCUUCACUGCAAAGAUUAGAGAGUAACUGGAGCAAUGCAUGCAUUAGCAAACUGCCUGGGUAGUAGCUUUGAAGCUUGAUUGGGUUGCCAUAUCCUAAGACUGGACCAAGAAGAAAAGCUCUCCUUGUGCUCAGUGACUACUGUGAAAUGGUGUUAUGACUGUGUUAAUGUCUUCCUUUGAAAAGUAUUGUGCUCCUUGUCAAUAGCCUAUGUCCUGUCCCCGUGUUCACAUCUGAUGAUCCUGAGAGGUCUUAGCCCCGCUGUGAAGAGGAGUUAUUAGGCAAGGAGGACUGAAAGCUGCUUUCCCGAACAGCCAGGUCACAGUUAGAAGUCUGCACUGUAGAUGAUAGUCCACUUCUCUCUACUGUUGUAAGUCGAGGGGGGAGGGAAGAGGCGUUACUCUUUUUAGUCUUUAUUCCCCUUACUUUUCCUGUCCUUAUACUGCAUCAGACAUUUAAAAAGAAGUAAAUUAUCCUCCUUUUAGAGCAUAGACCUGUGGUCUUUGAUUUCUUCUGGGAACAUUAGCUGUUGGCACUCCAGAGGCAGAAGUGGAGCUCAUUUAUAAACCUACUCAUUUUACUAGCGUGUAAAUUAACGUUGUGACUCCCUGCCACACCGAUACAUUGCACACUGAUAUGUUGUUUUUACACUUUUUCUCCAAACGGUUUCCCAGUGAAAAGUACUCAGUAACAGCUUUAGGAGAAGGAAACUUCUUUCACAGGCAGAAUUACAAAAAGUUUAGCAUCGCUCUUUUUCAGAGAUGCCUACUGUGAAAAUGCAAAUAUUUUACACAAAGUGCAGCUGGUGAAGAGCCUUACAUUUAUAGUAGAAGUAGAAACAUAUUUCAGUAAUACAGUUGUUCUGGUGCUUCACAGAGAUGUGUAUGUGCCCACCCUGCAUGAAAUGGCACCUUCCAUUUCAACCCUGAGCCACAGCAUGUGGUGAGCAGGUGGAACAGUCUGCGUGGGUAACGUAUGAUGAUGUGGAGGCGACCUCAAAUACUUCAGGACAGAUGAGUGUAGACUUUGUAAUUAAGACUGCAGGAUGAAGAGGAGCUCAUGGUUUUGUUGUACUUCUAUUUUUGCAUGACUUUACAUGUGGCAAAAAUGCAUGUAAAUCACAUGGAAAUUUUACUUGAUAUACAAAGAAGCAACAGAAUCUAACUUGAACAGGAAUUUAACUAUUUUGCAGUCCCAGCUGCUGUAAGGGCAAAAAGUCCAACUUAUGCCUUGAGAUGUGUGCUCCCAAAAAGCUCCAAGAUUUGAGUGGGAGGCUUGAUCUUGCCCUUAGAGGUGUAUGAAGAAAGGCCAGGAUCCUGUGUGUGACUGUAGCAGUUGGAUGCUGUGUGUACCUGCUCACUGGCUCUACCACAGACUGCUUGAGUCUCAGAAGAGGGGAGGUUCUAAAUCUUAACAGCUUUAUUUGCCCAUUGUCUGUUUCCCCUAAUUGAAAUUGCAUUAUCAAGGUUUCUGUAGCAUUGUGUUAGGGCCUAAUAUAGUUCUUCCACAGCUUGCCCAGCACAGACAGGGGUCUAACUGUAAGCCUGUUGGCAAUCUAAAGAAAAUCUCUAUUUUCUGAGUAUAAAAAUUAAUGUGUAAGCUUAUUUAUUUAUUUACCAUAUGCCAACUAUUCUAUCCUUUGCUAACUAUUCUGUGAAGUUCAUAUGUCUGAGUGUCUGAUUUUUUUGCAGAUACAAUAAGAUCUAGAUAAACCUUCCUUUUCUAUACCUGUUAUUAAAAUAAUCACCAAAGUAACUUUCAGAAGUUUAUCUUAUGGUGAGUUUUGAUAAAACUAUGUAUAUUUAUAUUCCAUUAUUUAAUUUCUCCCGUCUGGGUACAGGUAGUGAGGUAAAACCAGUGUAAUUUUGGAGGGCUUAUGCAUCUUGUGGAAUUUGUAGAUGUGAAAAAGCAUACUGAACAAAAGUUACUUUGAAAAUCUGUGAUUGCAUUGGCAAUAGCAAAGGAACUGCUAUAAGGAAAAGGGCAGAUUUUUUUCCCUUGAAUUGCCAAGUAAUUUCAAUAGCUUUCAUUCCUAAUUUGCUUCCAUGUUUGUUACAGAGGCAGGGAUGCUUGCUCAUAUUGAUGUGAGGUGGGAGCAUGGGGAGAACUUCACAGACCAUGUUUGUAUAAAAGCUACUGCUCAGUAUAGACCAGUUCUGAUGUGCAUUAGAGACCACUUAAAAGUGUCCUUACAAGGGGAAUUUUUAUAUGACACUUUUAAGAAACAUUCUUUAAAAGUACUGUGCUAUUAUUUAUAUAGGCUUGGUCAUUACAGAAUUGCCUGUUAGCAGUAAUCUUCUGAGUUGUUUCUAAAUGCUGCUUAAUGCAAAUUCAUGUUUACAUUUUUAAGGAAGGAACUGGAUUUUUCAAAUGUGCUAAGCAGCUGCAAAUCUUUUAUGGCUUCAAUGCCUACUCAUGGCAAAGUGAUUGCAGUCUGUUACCUAAUUUAAUCUCAGAGCUCUCUGUUAAAUCAUUCAGUUGCAAUUUUGUAAGUUGCUAACAGUAGAAGAUUAAAUAUGGGGAAAAGUCACCUAGAUUCUAUGCAAAGGAACGAAAAUAUUAUUGAUUUUUCACAACCAGAUGAAUGAAAAAUAUUCUUCCCAGAAUCAAUAUUUAGGCAUACUAAAUGUGUUGAAGGGAUGUAAAAAAAUUAUAUAAGACGGCUUAAAAACACAAGGUUAGACUGUAUUUUGGAAAUAAAAACAAACAAAUGAAAACCUAAAACAAAACAGAAAAUCUUCCAUGUUCCCUUACUCCUAGUUGGUAUUUUUGGACAGUGAUACAGAAGAAUAUAUAUGAAAACGGUGAUGUUGCCUGUUACAGGAUCACAUUUGCUCUUUUAAUAUAUUCUUGCCUUCUUCAGUGGAAAAAAAUUAGUCUCACAUUAUUAUUGUUUUGAGUUUUUGUUUUUUGUUUUUUUCCCAAACAAGAUGAAAAAAAGAUACUAAAGAAUCAAGGAAAUAUUUUCAUAUAGACUGUCAGGAUAACUGCAGAGGAAACAAUGGAUGUCAUACUUAAAAUGUAGGAGGCAAAACCCGUAUUGUUUAAACCCCAAAUUCCAUGUCUGCAACUGAAAUGUUAAAUUGCUCACCUAAUAAUAAAACAAUGGUCUUCUGUUUUUUCAUGGUGAUAUGAACCCCAUGACAAAAGCUGAAAUUGUGAGAAUGACCAGAUUUCACUAAAGCUGGCAGUAUCAUUCAAGUCUUGACAGAGAGUCAAAGGUGGAAUCCCAAACCUAUUAACUUCAUUAGAAAAAUGGGAUUGUAGUUCUCAGUGAUGUCCCCAGCCUUCAUUUAGGAAGAUAAAUUUUGUCAACGUAUUUGAAGCACUGUGAGUUCUGUUUAGGUGAAGUCAGAUGCUAGAUAUGUCUUGGCAUUUCUGAUUAAUAUAGUCUGAGAUCUGCUUUGCUUUAACUUCUUAGCACUUAAACAGACUGUCAUAACUACAUUAACACUUGCCACUUAGAUUUGUGUUACAUAAAUUGUAAUGGUUGAAGCUGAAAUGUCAUCUGCACCUUUUGAUUUCAUUCAGCAUUCUCAAGAUGAAAAUUAGGUCUGAUACACAGAAGCACCUUGUAAGUAUAGUGCUAAGUGGUGUUCUGUUUUUUUUGGUGUUUUUUUUUUUUUUCUUUUACUAGACUCAGUUCUGUAUGCCAAUACCCAGAAUCCAUUUGAAGACAGUGAGCAUUUAAACUUAUUUAUAUUAAUGCAUCAGUCUUCUUGAAUAAAAAUAAUAGUGGAUGAAUACAUAAUGGAA